AUGAAACCGGUAUUUCACCAUUGAAUGAAAAUGAACUGAAAUCGUCAGUAUCCGAACAUGAUGAUGGUUAUCGAUUUGUUACAUGUGGCGAAGUCAACAUAUCCAUUAUAUAUCGAGAAGAUGUAAGACCUCAAUCAUUAUUACUACCAGUUCUGCUGACGGACAACAUAGAAAAGAUUAAAAAACAAAUCCAGCAACUUACAAAACUGAAAACUAUAGAAUUAAAAUCGCUGCUUUUAAAAGAAAAUUGUCCAAUGAUAACAGCGUCCUGGAAUGAAGGUAAAACACUCAACUCUAAUGACACUCUCUUGUCAUCUAAAUUGUAUGAAAACAAUUGUAUCAUUAUGGUUAAACUAUUGGAAGAGAGUGCUUCUACAGAAUCCAGUUCCAAUUUUGAGAUCUUGGUAAAAACUCUUACUGGAAAGACGAUCACUAUUAAAGUGAAUUCUUCCAUGAAUAUAUCUACUGUCAAACAGCUGAUUCAAGAUCUAGAAGGUAUUCCUCCAGAUCAGCAACGUAUAGUAUUCGCUGGAAAACAACUAGAAGACGAGCGAACUCUCUGUGAUUACAACGUUCCAAAGGAGAGUACGAUGCACAUAGUGUUACGUUUACGCGGUGGUAUGUUUCAUUUUACAAGUGGUCGACACAAUUUCGAUGAAUUGCCAUCCGCACAAGCCGCAGCAAUAAGAAAUGUCCUUGUUUUUGAAUUUGAGCAAACUGAUAAUCUCGACAACUUGCCUCCGGCUGACCUACAAAAUUCCGUUUUACAAGGGCACGCUUUACUAAUGGAACUGCUGUCUGAAAUUAAAAACUAUUCGGUGCCUCACGAUGUUCCACAUUUGAAAAACAUUAUACUAUCAGAGGCUGUUGAUGACGAAGAUGAAGACGGUGAUGAGGAAACUUCUAAUGAUCAGUGA